AUGCCCGACGACUACUCCUUCACCGGCGGGGGCUUAAAACUCAAAGGCGCCUCCACCGGCGCCGGCAUUACCAAAAAGAAAAAGAAGAAGAAGGUCGCUCCCCCGACGACUUCAACAUCUCCAUCUUCAUCCACCACUACCACACUCCAAAAAGCCUUACAAGACGAAGAUGCUGCGAAGCCCACUUCCGAAGAAACAGAAAUGAGCGAAGAACAAUUGAAAUCUCUUGAUCCCCGCGACGCAUCUGGGAAAACCGCAUCGGAGCGCGCGCAUGAGGAGAUGAGGAGGAGGAGGCUCAACGACCGCCUCAAGCGCGAAGGCGUCAAAACCCACAAAGAGCGCGUCGAAGAACUAAACAGAUAUCUCAGCACCCUAAGUGAACAUCACGAUAUGCCUAAGAUUGGACCCGGAUAA